CACGUCGCUUGUUGUUUACGUCAACGAGUGACGUCAAAUCGGCCUCCUUUAUUGUGCGUAACUUCCCGUUGUACUUCCUUUUCCAGCGUAGCAAGGAGAGAGGCAGCAGCCGCUAAAAUGAGUAAGGUCUCCAGGGAUACGUUGUACGAAGCCGUGAAGGAGGUUCUGCAGAACUCUCAGGCCAAGCCAAGGAAGUUUACGGAGUCAGUUGAGCUGCAAAUCAGCUUGAAAAACUAUGAUCCCCAGAAGGACAAGCGUUUCUCCGGCACUGUCAGGCUGAAGACUCUGCCCAGGCCAAAGUUCUCCGUGUGCGUUCUGGGAGACCAGCAGCAUUGUGAUGAGGCUAAAGCUGCUGAACUACCACACAUGGACAUUGAGGCUCUCAAGAAGCUCAACAAGAAUAAGAAGAUGGUCAAGAAGCUUGCCAAGAAGUAUGAUGCCUUCCUGGCCUCCGAGUCUCUGAUCAAGCAGAUCCCUCGUAUCCUGGGACCCGGGCUGAACAAGGCUGGCAAGUUCCCCUCCCUGCUCACCCACAACGAGAACAUGAAUACCAAAGUGGAUGAGGUCAAAUCCACCAUCAAAUUCCAGAUGAAGAAGGUGCUCUGUCUGGCUGUAGCAGUAGGACACGUGAAGAUGACAGAGGAUGAGCUUGUGUACAACAUCCACCUGGCAGUCAACUUCUUGGUGUCUCUGCUGAAGAAGAACUGGCAGAACGUGCGUGCCCUCUACAUCAAGAGCACCAUGGGCAAACCCCAACGCCUUUACUAAAAUGUCAGCUUUUCUAUUAAUAAAAAUGUGGAGAUCUCCAAAGUCAA